UUCGUCCAAUCCCCACAAUGUGGGGCCAUCGCGACUUUUUUCGGCACGACUCGCGACACGUUUGACGGGAAGACCGUCUUAGAGCUGAGGUACGAGGCGUACAUUCCCAUGGCCAUACGUUGCAUCAAAUCAAUAUGCACUUCGGCUAGGGCUUCGUGGGCCCUACACUCGAUGGUUGUGGCCCACCGUGUGGGCCCAGCCCCAGUUGGAGAGGUGAGUGUGUUCGUCGCAGUCUCAUCCGUGCACCGGUCGGACUCACUCGACGCGUGUAAGUUUGUGAUCGACGAGGUGAAGGCUUCGGUGCCGAUAUGGAAGAAAGAGGUGUACGCGAAUGGGGAGUACAUAGAUUUCGUCCAAUCCCCACAAUGUGGGGCCAUCGCGACUUUUUUCGGCACGACUCGCGACACGUUUGACGGGAAGACCGUCUUAGAGCUGAGGUACGAGGCGUACAUUCCCAUGGCCAUACGUUGCAUCAAAUCAAUAUGCACUUCGGCUAGGGCUUCGUGGGCCCUACACUCGAUGGUUGUGGCCCACCGUGUGGGCCCAGUCCCAGUUGGGGAGGUGAGUGUGUUCGUCGCAGUCUCAUCCGUGCACCGGUCGGACUCACUCGACGCGUGUAAGUUUGUGAUCGACGAGGUGAAGGCUUCGGUGCCGAUAUGGAAGAAAGAGGUGUACGCGAAUGGGGAGGUUUGGAAGGAGAAUUCG